AUGCUCCAUGCCGUCACACAUGAAACUGAUGCCUACAAUCACGUUUGUCAAUUUGCUCCAACUUUGAAUGGCCGAGCUGCUUACUUCGCUCUGUUUGCACAAUAUUGUGGAAGGGGACAUUUCACCAAUGAACGCCAAGCUGCUGUCCGUGUCCUCGCAACACUUCACUGGAACGGGAAAGCUCGAGGCUUCACUUGGAAUACUUUUAUCAGUCGCCUUAUUGGAGCCUUCAACAACCUCGAGUUGAACGGUGAUCCACGCUCUGAUGCAAAUAAGGUUGACGUACUUCUCGAGAAAACUGUUGGAGACUCUUCACUUUCCAAUGGAAGAUCACAUAUUACAGGAGAUGCCGUUCUCCGAUCCAAUUUCCAAGGUGCCAUCGAUUAUUUAACAACACAAGUUUUAGCUGCAGGUAACGACAACACCCAGCGCCGCA